AUGACCGUUGGAACAAAGUCCCGCGCAUCGUACUGGGCCAAGCGACUCGAAUGCCCUGUCGACGAGAAUGCCAACUACCGCAACACGUUUUGGUGCAACCGCGACUUGAUCCCGAUCCCUGAAGAUAGGAGAACCUGGACGUGGCAAGGUUUCGCUGGAUACUGGGUGAUCUGCGGCAUCAACACGACAGCAUGGACGGCCGGCUCAACACUGUUAUCGCUGGGCUUAAGCGCACCUCAAGCCAUAGGUUGCAUGGUUGGAGUGGCCUUGAUAUCCGCUCUCGUCGCUGUCCUUGCAGGAUGGCCGGGAAGCCACCUCUACUUAGGAUUCACCGUUCUCUCCCGGGCGUCGUGGGGAAUGAGAGGUGGUUUCUGGCCAGUCCUUAACCGUAUUGUGACAGCAUGCGUCUGGAUGGGCAUACAGGCGUACUGGGGUGGACAAGCGGUCAAAAUCAUCCUCAGGGCCAUCAUCGGACACAAGUUCCGCGACUUACCAAACACACUCCCGGUGUCAUCCAACACCGACACAGCCAGCCUGAUUUCCUUCUUCGUCUUCAUCAUCAUCUUCCUGCCCCUCCCCUUGAUCCCGCCUGAGAAGCUGCAGCUACCCUUUCGGAUUGUUUUCGUUAUGAUCACAGUGACAAUGUUUGGCAUGGUAGGCUGGUCCGUCCACGCCGCCGGCGGCGCCGGAAUCUUGAUGUCGACGCCAGCGACAGGCUCCGGCUCCGCGCUCAGCUGGGCUGCUGUCUUUGGCCUCCAAUCUAUUGUCGGGUCGCAGGCCAGCGGCUGCCUAGGCCAGUCCGAUUGGACCCGUUAUGCCAAGACACCCAACGCUGCGUUAUUCGGGCAAUUCAUCUGCGCGCCAAUCUUCAUCGUGGUGACGUCUGUGUGCGGGAUUAUCAUCACGAGCGCUGCGGCUACCAUCUAUGGGGAGUACAUCUGGAACCCAUUUGAGCUGCUCUUAACGGUGCAGGAGCACUCGAUGACACCGGCAGCUAGGGCAGGGACGUUCUUUGCCGGUCUCGGAUUCUUGGUUGACCAGCUUGCCCUGUGCCAAAUGUUGAACGGCAUUUCAACGGGUAUGGAUAUGGCGGCCCUUUGUCCGAAGUGGAUCAACAUCCGGCGAGGAUGUUACAUCCUGACAGUGAUUGCAAUCGCGAUCUGUCCUUGGAACUAUGUGACCAAUCCAGGGACUUUCAUCACCGUGCUUAGUGGUUGGAGCGUGUUUCUCAGCCCUAUGACUGGGAUCGUUAUCUCUGACUAUUUUCUUGUUCGACGAGGUCAAUACCACAUCGGCGAUAUGUACAUGGGGAACAGCCGUAGCGCGUACUGGUAUGAUUACGGAUUUAAUUGGAGGUGUUUCGUAGCUUGGAUACUGGGCAUGGCUCCACUACUGCCUGGCUUCGCACGCGCAGUACAAGGCGUCUCAUCUGGUAGUGGAUGGGACCAUCUGUACCAAAUAUCGUAUUUCUACGGGUUUUGUGUUGCCUUGACUAUGCACUGGCUGCUUCAUGCCAUAUUCCCAACGGCAAGGCAGCGUGGCAGCUCGCCCUUCGUGCUGGAGGCACAUGCGGAGAUGUUGCAUACUGCGGAAAGUGACGCGGUCACAGUGGAUAGCUCAGAGGAGGAGAGAAAGGUGACCACUGCACGCCGAGAACGUGACCUGGAGGGGCAAGAAACUUGA